AUGACAUCAGCCUUUGAGAGAGCGGUCAAGAGGGUGCUCAAGGAGGUGGACCACGACAGAGGAGAUCUCAUCCCAGUGGACUGCCUUCGAAAUUCAAUCAGCUUCAAGCCUUACUGUCUCCUGAGCAGGAAACUCUCAAGCUCAUGGUUCUGUAAACCCCGUUAUACAUAUGUGAACCUGUCAAUCAAGGACAUCCUGGAACCCAUUGCUCCAGAACCAGAACCGGAGUCUAUUGGCCCCUUGAAAGUCUCUGAUGUCGUCAAUGAGAAUAUUCAGGGCAGUGUGGGGGUGACAUCACCCAUUGAAGAAGGGAGAAUUUCUGGUGAGGCUGCAGCAUCUGACAGUUCCAGUGCCUCCAUGAAUAUGUGUAUACUGCGUGUGAAUCCGAAGACCUGGGAAAACCUGAAGAGUGAAAGGCACCUGCAGCAGCCUGAGAAUACAAUCCUGCAACAGCUUCGGAGGCGUGGGGAUGACGUGUUUGUCAUCACUGAGGUGUUGCAGACAAAGAAGGAGGUGAAGAUCACCCAGACCCACAGUCAGGAGGGCUCAGGCCAGUUUAAACUGCCUCCCAUAUCCAUCCUUCAGGGUGAAGGCAAGGGCCACCAAACCCGGAAGAAGAUGGUGACUAUUCCUCCAGGCAGCGUCCUUGCAUUCCAAGUGGCCAAACUGCUCAUUGGCUCUUCAUGGGAUAUCCUUCACAUCUCAGAUGAGAAAGAGAGGACCUUUGAGCCCUCCUCAGGCCACAGAAGAGGAGUGGACCAGGAGCACCAUAGCUUUAAUCUGCUCGCUGUACUACGCUCCAUUGGUGAGAAGCUCAAAUUAAAGUCAGAUGAAAUGCCUGAGGAAGAAGAAUUCUGGGAAGACUUCCAAGGCUUUUAUACACAGGUGAAGAUUAGCUCCUUGCAACUGGAGAGCUUAGAAAUGGAGUUGAGACAACAGCUACUAGAGGACAUCGGGAGGAUUCUACAGGACCAGCUCAGCCUGGACGCCUUAGAGGCCUCACUAGAGCAGGGCCUGUGCAGUGGUGAGAAGGUGGAGCCUCUUGAGGGCCCAGCAGGCUGCAUCCUUAAGUGUCUGGUGCUAGAUUCUGGAGAGCUGGUGGUAGAACUCGCAGCCCCUAUCUUCUACCUGUUGGAAUCACUGAAUGUGCUGAGUGAAACUCAGCAGCUGCUGCUGGCUAAGGCUCUGGAGACAACAGUACUGUCAAAGCAGCUGGAGUUGGUGAAGCACAUCUUGGAACAAACCACCCCAUGGCAGGAGCAGAGGUCUGUGUCCCUGCCCUCUGGGCUACUUGGGGACACCUGGGAUGAGGAGGCUCCCACCUGGGUCUUGCUAGAAGAAUGUGGCCUAAGGCUGCAGGUGGAACCCCCACAAGUGCACUGGGACCCAACUUCUCAGAGCCCCACAUGUGCUCUCUAUGCUUCCCUGGCCCUAUUGUCUAGUCUAGGCCAGGAUCUUGAUUAG